GCUGCCCCGAGUCCGGGAUCUGCCAUGGAGGAGGCGGAGAUGCAGAUCAAGGGGAAGAAAGUCACGGACAAGUUCACCGAGAGCGUGUACGUGCUGGCCAACGAGCCGUCCGUGGCCCUGUACCGCCUCCAGGGCCACAGGCGCGGCUCCCUGCCCGAGCUGGCCCAGCACAAGGCCGACAUGCAGCGCUGGGAGGAGCAGAGCCAGGGAGCUAUCUACACGGUGGAGUAUGCCUGCAGCGCCGUGAAGAGCCUGGUGCACAGUAGCGUGUAUUUCCGCAGCGUUGAGGGACUCCUCAAGCAGGCCAUCAGCAUCCGCGACCACAUGAACACGGCCACCCAGGGCCACAGGUAGCCCUCCGGCAGCCGCGCCCACGCACCUCCCC